AUGCAGAAGGAGAUGACUAGCUUCCUCGGUUUGUUGUCCUUCAAGGACCUUGUCUUUUCUUCUAUUUACUAUCAACCGACUUGGAGCCCUCAAGAUUCGACAUUGGUAGCGGAUAUUGUUGAAGUUGGUUCGUUGCCAAGCUACACAAGAGAGUUCGAUGAAACACAUUAUUGCUUUUAUAUUUUAACCC